ACCCAGCUGCCCAGUUUGCAAUUUCGUCAUUUGUGUUCGAUCACCUCAUGAGAUUUUUUAAAAACAUGACAGAGAUUUUAGUGGAUUCAGAGCCUUGUCCUGUGCCGGUAGAAUUGCAGCCUGAAACUAAAGUCCUUCCCAAGAGCUGUGAUGUUCCGUCUGUACGUACAAAAGUGAGAAAAACUAUUGACCAGAAUAAAAAGUACACUCGGGAGAAAUGUACAGAAUGCACCAGCUGCAAAGGGGGCAACCAGCAUUUAAAGAGAAAUUACCAAGGAAGCAGUGAGCAAAAUCUAGCAGCGAAAUCCAGCAGUGAAGAUCGGCUCACAGAGAAGAGACGAAGCCCAACGAAUGGGAAAAAAUGUUCCAAGAAGACUCCCAACCUCACUGAUGACAGUGAAUUUCAGACUGAAAAUGGACAUUGCAAAGUCCAUCAUAUCAGAUGCUACAACUGUGGACGUAGAAAGACUAAACAAGACCAUGAAUGCUGUGGAGACAGAGGCAGUCACAGUAAUCGGUGCAACAAAGAGAGAACGGAUGAGCAUUACUUUGAUUCCAGAACAAACGAUGUUCCCUCGAAGCACUUCCAGGACAAGAGCACCUUCACAUGGAAUCCAGUGAUUCCCAAGACCCAGACUGGCAGAGCUUGGGUCAGGCAAAGCUCCGUGGUGCUUCCCUAUGAGUGGGAAGAUGACUGCGAGAUGAUCGACUGGGUAAUUGACCAAUAUGUUCAGGAUGAUACCAGCAUUUCUGCAUACUACAAGGGCAAGAUCAUCCUGACCUUAAAGGAUGCUCUGGGCAUCACCACAGUGGCUGCAGAUUCAGAAAACCUUCCUAAAAAACUUCAGAGUCACGUAUCGGAUCUGAACAUCCCAGAUAUCUCCAAGCUAUGCUCAGAAUCACUUGUAAUGGAUCCUAAGCCAUCAAAGGAAAUCCUCAAUGCAGAACCUGCAAAGUCGCCCAACUUAAGCUCUCCAUCUGCCUGCAAAACAGCACUUGCUUCACCCGAUAGCUCGUCUGAAGCAAGUCAGUCUAAUAAGUGCAUUCCAGCUGGCAAAGCCCAGCAGUGUAUAGAGAGCAACAAGACCUGUAGUUGGACUGUACAACUUUCACCACCAGAGGAACAGCCUCCACCCCCAGCUCUAGGCACAGUCACACCACACUAACAGGCCAAAAUCACUCGAAUGCCCAUAAAUCUGACAAGCUUGUAAAGUGUUUGUAACAUCAACAAUGCCAAUAAAUUGCCUCAACACCA